CAAGGAAAGGGGAACCGCGAGAGGAAGGAGGGAGGGCGGCCGUGGCGGCGUCGCGGCCUCGAUGUCUCGGGGCGGGUCGGCGCCCGGCUGGGGCUGGUGGCCUCCGUCGCGGCGGCGGGGGCGGCAACAACAGCGGGCCAGGAGAAGGGUGGAUGCCGGUUCCGGCUUUCUGGAGGGGGUCUGGGCCUUUCCCGCGGCGGUGCUGGCGGCGGCGGGACUGGCAGCAGCGGGGCUCUGCUUGCUGGUGCUCGCGCUGGGCCUCUCUGGAGCGGCGUUCUCCCUGAUCGUGGCAGCGGCGGCUGCAGGGGCCUGGAUAGUAUCCUCCGGAUUAGGCGGCGGCAAGGACCGGAGGGGGACCCCCUUGCUGACCCACCGCACCGCCUUUGCUGCCAAGAGCGGCGAUACAGUCCUCGCCAACGGGGGCCCCUCCAUGAGCUACUCCUCGCCCGGACUGCUAGUGCCUGAAAGGAGGCGGCGGCAGAUUUGCGGGGAUCACCUGAGUCCAUCACCUCAUUUUAUGCCAGCUCCUCGUCGGCGCUAUCCUAUCCAGCAGGCCCAGUAUGCUGCGUUGGGAACCCUGCCUUCAAUUUGCUGGGAUGGCUAUCGGCGGAAAAACAGGCUAUCCAUUCACCAUUCUAGCCUGGCCCACAGCCCUGUGACGGUGAAGAUUGCUCGGCCAGACAGCAACAUUGGCCGUUCCCCACUGUUGGAGCAGUUGGUUUCUCCUGUGGCUUUCUCUUCAGCACCUAACACUAUCCUGGAUCCCUGUGCAAAAGAGACUGUCUUGAAUGCUCUCAAGGAGAGCCGGAAGAGAGCUGUGGAGGAAGAAGAGGAGGACCAGAACUUUCCAAGUGGUCAGGAAAACAAGAAGAGGCGCCAUGAUAGUACUGGAAGCGGUCAUUCGGCAUUUGAGCCCUUGGUGGCUAAUGGAGUACCCGCAUCUCUUGUGCCCAAGCCUGGCUCUCUGAAGCGGGGACUCCUUUCUUCCCACUGCCUAGAAGAUUGCUCCUCUAAGAGAUCGCGCACCUCUUCCCUCAGUUCUGUGAAUAGCCUGUCUGUGGGUGGCAUACCAAGCUCUAUCCGCAAUGCUAUUGCCAGCUCAUACAGCUCCACCAGAGGUCUCUCACAGCUGUGGAAGAGAAGGGGGCCAAGUACCUCUCCUCUUUCCAGCCCAGCAUCCUCUCGGUCUCAAACACCUGAAAGGCCUAACAAGAAAGCAAGAUAUCCCAGCUCCAGCAUCACCGAAGAAGAGCCUCAGAAAUCCAACACGCAGAUGCUCGUGACGGCAGACAAGGAGAUGCAGGAAGAGAAGAUUUCAGAAUCACCCUUGCAGAAUAAAGGUAACUAUGUGAGUUCACUAUCUUCAUCAGGAAGCAACGGCAAGCGCAAGCGGAAGAUUCAGCUACUUUCAGCUCACCAUGGAGAUAAUUUCAUCUUGCCUCCACCACCUCAGCUGGGCUAUCCAAUCACCCCAGAGGACUUGGAUGCAGAGAAGAAAGCAACACUACAGUGGUUCAACAAAAUCUUGGAGGAGAACAUUGAUUCCACCCCAAGCCCACCAGUGGAGACCACCUCUUCGCCCCAAACCUCGAACCUUUCACUGAUCUCCAGCAAGCCAACCCCUGUGUCGUUGCCCAUCUCUACUGCAGCAACCAAUCCCCUUCUGGAGAGCCUGAAGAAGAUGCAAGAUGGAAAGAGCUCUUCAGUACCGGCAGCCAAUACAGUUCCAGGGGCUGCAGAGACUCCUCAGAUUCCAGCCUUCUCUGCCUCACUGGAUUUGAGCUCCUCUGUGCUGGUGACAUCUCCCGAGGCAGCUAAGCCUCUGGCGCUCAACAUACCUGUUUCCCUGCCUGCUGCUUCUCCUUCUUCAGGCACUACCAUACCCACUAGUAGCAUAGACAGUUUGGUGACAGCUUCUUCUGAUCUGGGCCACACUCCAGCCAGGCCCUCAUCUGCUCCGAAGCCCAGCAUCCUCUUUGGCAUCCUCACCAGUCCUCCAGCCGACAAGCCCCCCACUGCAACAACACCAUCUUCUUCUGCACCCAGCACUGUGCCUAUUUUCAAACCAGUGUUUGGCAGCCCAGCAAAAAGUGACAACUUUGGCUUCUCUACAAGCAGCACCUCCGUGGUUUCUGCCACUGCACCAUCUGAGACUGUGCCUUCUUUGGCACCUCCUGUUCCUCCCAGCAGCACAUUCAAACCCAUCUUUGGAGUGCUGUCUACACCGGCAACUGCUGUUCUGCCUGCAACUGCAUCAUCUUCUCCCUUCACAUUCAGUCAGGCUCCUCAGCCUGCAGCAUCAUCUGGACUUCCCGCCAUCAAUGCCUCGAGCAGUUUAGGGCUCCCUGUUCUCUCAGAUGCCACUAUUACCACCUCGGCAUCACCCCCUGGAACAGCAAGCGUGACAUUUGUCUCCAUGAGCAAACCGGUGUUCAGUUUUGGGCCUGGCAUUCCAUCCUCUGCCACCCCCCCCAGCAGCAGCAGUGCCACCACUGCCGCUGUUGUGUCCACACUGACAUCUCAGCCCUUGCUAUUUGGGGCUGCGCCCAAUGCCAGCACGGCUGCCAUGCCUCUUUUCCAAUUCGGCAAGCAAGCUGCCCCCACAGGCCCCACUGUCAAUCUCUUGGCACCCUCCAGCACCACUGAGCCUGCUUCCAGCAUUACUGAUGCUGCUGCCAGCUCUGCCACCACCACCACCACCACCACCAGUACUUGCUUCAGUAUUUUUAGUGGCAGCAGCAGCAGUUCCACGCAGGCCUCUUCAGCACCAUCAGCCACCACACAACCACCACUGACAUUUGGGUCUUGCACCUCUGCGUUCAGCGGUACCUUUGGGGCUGCCUCAAAACCGCCCCCUCCGUACCCCACAGUCACAAGCCAGCUGGCUUUUGAUGCAGGCGUCUCUGAGGGCCAGCAGGCAGCUCUCAAGCCACCAGCAGCAGGACCACUGAACUUUGGGACUCCUUUCAGCUUCACUAGCCCAAUAGCCCAGCCUGCAGCCCAGCCUGCAGCCCAGGCAGCGUUUGGUAGCGCAACGCAGACCCCCUUUGGAGGGCCCGGCCCUUUGGCGUCCUUUGGAGCCAAAAGUACUUCCCAGCCGGCAUUUGGAGCCGGAUCGUUCAUGUUUUCCUUUGGGACAGCGACCACGUCCAGCACGCCGACUACGAGCAGCAGCACGGGAAGCUCUGUAUUUGGAGCUUCAGCCCCAGCUCCCUUCCCCUUUGGGGCAUCGAAUCAGCCUAGUGUAGCAGGCAGCGCCUUUGGCGUUGGUGCCAGUGCUACAGGCACAGGAGUGCCCGCAGCUGGAUUCAGUUUUGGCAGUGGGCAGAACAGAGCUGCAGAGGGAGUGGCGCCCUUUGGAACUUCCUUGGCACAAAACCCUCUGGGUGCCCAGAACCAAAACUCUGCCUUUGCUUUCAGCAUCCCAAGCACGCCUGAGAGCAAGCCAGCAUUUGGAGGAACUCCCACACCCACAUUUGGACAAAGUACACCUGCACCAGGUGGUGGCACAGUAGGGAGCUGCAACCUUUCCUUUGGAACACCCAUCACCCCCACCUUUGGAGGAGUGACACCUACUGUUUUUGGGUCAGCGACACCCACCUUCUCCAUCGGAGCAGGAUCCAAGACAGGAGCCCGCCAACGGCUGCAGGCCCGGAGGCAGCAUACUCGUAAAAAGUAACCAGGAGCAGCUUCCUGCCUGGACUUCAGCUCCCAGUUGAUCUGCUGACAGAUCCUCCUGGUCACACAACCGAAGGCAGACGUAUUCUGGUGUACAUCCUCAGCAGGACUGUCCUGGGAGCCUCUUUUCUGUAACAACCACAGGAAGCUGUUCUGGAUCAAAGCGUGAUUUUUACCCCUUCAAAUGGGAUAGGAGAAACCAAGCUCUUUUUACUUGAACAGUCUAUGGCUGAGUCUGGAUGAAAAAUUUGUACAUAUCCUCUAUUGUCCCUUCUCCAUGUGGACCUCUCCCAUUAGUCUUCCCUUCUUUCUCUGACCUUAACUUCAUUCCUUUUUGGCUGCCUAGUGAAGGGAGUAGGGUGUCAGGGAAAGCGUUUGGCUUGCAGCCAUCUAAAUGUUUCUGAUUGAAGCCAACUGUUAGUUCCCAUCCUCAGUUUCUUCCCUCAUUGGAAGCCUUUUCCAGGGAAUCUUCAGGGCAUCCUUGAUCCAAAUUCCCAUCAAAACCUAGUCCAAGGUAAGACCCCUCUGUCCCAUUGGGACAGCCAACCUGUCUUGCCAAGGCUAUUGGGCUUCAUGUGAUUUUAUUUCGGCUCUGAGUUGGAACAUGGAUCAUUGUUAGCUGUGACUACAGAGCCUAACAGCAGAGAAGUGGUUGGACAGCACCAUGAACCUGGAGAAACCUCUUGGAAUCAGAGGUCCAGAGGGGUCUCCCUCACUUAUAUGCUGUUACAUGAGCAUUUGGCGAGGGAGACAGUGCCACUCACCAAUGCUGCUUUUCAUUUACGCAGCCUUUCCUUUCCCCCUGCUCUCCCCUCCAAAUGUCUGUGUUUCGCUCACAGUAUGUUUGUGUUCUUUUUUUUUUUAUUGCUCUGUGAAUUGAGUUUGGAGGAAGAAUUGAAUUGUAUGUGUGGCGGCAUGUUGGUAAUGCCGGACUUGUUGUAAACAUUUUUCAGGGUGCCUGUCUCCAACGGAGACGAACCCUGCUUAAUUGGGUGUGGACAGUCACUGCAUGGCUACAUGUGCUGAAUGAGCUGAAGGGUGAAGACUUCUGCUUGGAAGGCUGGAAGUGCCAACUUGGGUCUGUAGCCAAGACCUUCAGAGGAAGACAGGAAAGGCCAUCUCCCUGAUGUUUUGUGGGUCCAGGACCUUGUGGAAAGUUCUCAUUCUGAGCUGGGCCUUGGAGUAGGGAGGCAAAACAUUUCUAAGGUGGAAGAGUAAAAUCAUAAGCCCUGUGGGGCUCUGGCUGAAAUCUUGGAUUUUUUUUUUUUUCCAACUCAAAAGAGCUUGAGUCACAGCAGUCAGCCAUUGCGGUAGACAAGCAGCUCGGCAACGAAAACCGUUCCUCUCAGCCAACUUUGCUCUUGGAAGAGUCAGGCCAGCUGCCAGUGGUGUGAGUGUGUGCGUGAGCCUGCCUAAUUCUAAAUUUAAAAAAAAAUAUUUAAACAUUUUUUAACAAAGUGAAACUUUAUUUUUAUAUUUAAGCUAAAUUGCCUUUAAAUUCCUUCAAGCUUGGUUCAUAGAGGUGUGGAAGUAUAAAGUUGUUCAUUAGCAAUUUGCCUGUGCUGUAAUGAGACAACAGGGCUUACAGGGAAGGUGGGGGGAGCAUCUGCUUUCUUGCCACACCCCCCUUGGGCUUCACAGGUCAGUGUUUCAUGUGUUCGUUUAAUAAUGUGAGUAUGGCUCGGUCUGUUCCAUAUUGCUUGAGCGCUCUUGCACGUUUAAGCGGUGCUGGGAAGGAGAAUUGGUGCUUGUCGUUUGGAGGGAGGGCAGAUGUUUGGCUUGUAAAAGGACAGACACUUCUCUGAUCUCCUUGGAACAAAGACUGGCUUUGCUGGGUAAAAGGGCCAUCUUUAAGAAUCCCAUCCAAUAUUUAAUAUAUUAGUUGAUAUUAACCAAUUCACUAAUAUUUUUAUAAUGUCAGCUAAUAUUUAUCCUCUCCACAUAAAGCCGUGGAAGGUGUGGGUGGUUACCUCUCUGCUAGCAAUAUGGGGGGGUGUUUUCUUGGUGCCCCGAGUCCACAAUGAACCAGUCAUUUCUCCAACUGAGAAGCAGCUGUCCCCACCUCCCUAUAAAGGUAGAGCACCUUUUGUUACCAAGAUAUUGCUGUGUGUGAGUGAAAUGAAGUACGUAAAGACAAAAAGAAUGGGCUGACUUUUUUAAAUGUUGCAAUGAAGACUUGGAUCAUUCCUGUCAAGGGUUUUAGUGUGAAUGUGCAAUUUCUUUUCCUUGCUUAUGUUGAUUUAAAAUAAAACUGCUUGAGCCAGAA